AUACUUAACGCAGCAGUUCUGAGUUCUCUGAUCCUGCACCAGUCUCUGAUCCUGUCCUAGUCUCGGUCUCUGGUCCAGUCUUAGCCUCUGGUCCUGCAGGUAUGGGAGAAUCCAGGGAAAAGCUUUUGUGCUGCAGGUCUGUUCAGGAUAAGCUUCCACGAGCUCACAGAGAAGAACUGUAUCACAUCCUGAGGAUGACUGGACCUCUGCUGCUCGCUCGAAUCCUUCAUUACCUCCUUCCAUUUGUGGUCACAAUGUUCUGUGGACGUCUGGGAAAUGAAGUGAUGGCUGGAUAUGGAUUAGCUUCUGCGGCUCUUAACAUAUCCACGAUCGCUACAGGAUGUGGUCUGUCACUAGCAUGUGAUACUUUGGUGUCUCAGACGUUUGGGGGUAAGAACCUGCUGCGGGUGGGAGUGAUCCUUCAGCGCGGCAUCAUCAUCCUGCUGCUGUUCUGUUUGCCGUGCUGGGCUCUGCUCAUCAACGCCCAGAACAUCCUCUUAUGUCUGGGCCAGGAGCCGGAGGUGGCCAGAAUAGCUCAGCUCUAUAUUACAGCUUUUCUUCCUGCAGUUCCUGCAAUGUUUCUAUAUCAGCUGCAGGUUUCAUAUCUACAGAACCAGGGUCUGAUUUUGCCUCAGAUGUACACGGCUGCUGCGGCUAACGUCGCUAAUGUGCUGACAAACUAUGUCUUUCUCUACUGGCUGGAUCUGGGAGUGAGUGGAUCUGCUGCAGCCAACUCUCUGUCUCAGGUUUACGUCUGUGCUUUUCUCUUUGCUUACAUUCGAUGGAAGAAGCUCCACUUGAAAACAUGGGGAGGCUGGUCGAUGGAGUCACUGCAGGAGUGGGGCUCCUACAUGAAACUGGCCAUUCCCAGUACGAUGAUGACCUGUUUUGAGUGGUGGGUUUAUGAGAUUGGUGGAUUCUUUGCAGGAAUGUUGAGUGAAGAUGAGCUGGCAGCUCAACAUGCUGUGAUCAUGGUGGCGUUCAUCACCUACAUGUUUCCUCUGGGAGUUCAAGGUGCGGCGUGCGCUCGUGUAGGGAACGCUCUGGGAGCAGGAGACACAGCCAGAGCCGUUCUCGCCAGCAAAUUGUCGCUCGCUCUCGCAGGCGGCAUCGCGAUCGUUCAGGGUCUGUUCCUGGGAGCGACUAAAUCUGUGAUCGGCUUCAUGUUCACCUCUGAUGAGAAGAUCGUCGCGCUGGUGUCACAGCUGAUGAACGCUUACUGUUUCCUGCAGUUCUUUGACGGUCUCGUGUGUGUGUGCACAGGCAUCUUCCUGGGCACCGGCAAACAGAAGAUUCCAGCUGUGGCUAAUUUUGUGGGAUACUACUGCAUUGGAAUUUCCCUCAGCAUAAUUUUAGUGUUUGUGGCAAAGCUUCGGAUUUUGGGUUACUGGCUGGGCCUCCUCAUCUGUGUCGUUCUUCAGUCCACCUUCUACAUCACUGUGAUCUUCAAGCUGAACUGGGAGAGAAUGACAGAGGAGGCUGUGAAACGAGCCCAGAAAAAGAUUCACAUGACGUUGUUAAGCGACGCAGCUCUGAUGGACAACGGUAACAUCGCUGAGAGCCACACGGUGGGUAACGGGAAUCCGGUGAACGACGACACUGAGGUGAAGGAUGAAGAUGUGCAGCAGCAGAAGACGCGAGGACGUCUCUCCACGGCUCAGCUGGUCCUCAGACGAGGCCUCACCGUCCUCACCGCCGUCUUGUUUCUGGUCGUGGGAACAUGUGUUCACUUCCUCGUGCCUGUACCAGAGAACGUUUCCUCAGAGAAGAACGACACGCUGGACUGGAUCGAUGCCACACACAGUCCUGAUCCAGUCCUUUCCACUCAGCUCAUCCAGUAAGACGAGACAGCAGAAUCUCCUGAAUCUUCAGAGCUUUCUGAGUCUCCAAAACCUUCAGAGCUUUCUGAGUUUCCAGAAUCUUCAGAGUCUUCAGAGUUUUCAGAGUCUCCAGAAUCUUCAGAGUUUUCAGAGUCUCCAGAAUCUUUAGAGUUUUCAGAGUCUCCAGAAUCUUCGGAGUCUUCAGAGUUUUCAGUCUUUAGUGUCUUCUGAUCAUGAAAUGACUCCGGUAAAUGUUGAUAAAACUGUGAAGUAAAAUAAAUAAAUGAUGUAACUGUAAAAGUUCAAACGUCUUUUAGACACAAAUGUUUCAUUUUAUUUUUUUUUAGAUUUUUAUUGUGAUGUUUAACUUUCCUUUAUUCUUGUUUCUUUUUUAAUAUUUUUUGCUUUAAGAUGUUUAUUCAGUCUUUUCUAUUCAUAUAAUAUUUUACAUCAUUAAAUGUUUUGGUAAAAAUUAAA